GAUUCUGCAGCAUGCAGCAGCAGGAGGGGGCAAGGAAGGUGGAAGAGGAGGAGGCUGCAGCAGCCGGGAAGGGCCCAGGGGCUGUGCCCAGGUGGGCAUGGGCAGUGGUGCUCCACUUCUUCCUGGUCAAUGUGCUCGUGAUGGGCAUGCUGAAGACCUUCGGGAUUUUCUUCGUGGCUUUCCAAGAGGAUGUGGGAGGCUCCUCGGAGCAGCUCAGCUGGAUUGGCUCCAUCAUGUCCUCCCUGCGCUUCCUGGGGGCCCCACUGGUGGCCGUGGUCUGCAGGAGGCUGGGGGAGAGGCUGACCUCCAUCCUGGGGACUGGCCUGGUGGCAGGAGGCUGCCUGCUCAGCACCCAGGCCACCAGUGUGCCCUUCCUCUGCAUCUCCAUGGGGCUCCUCCUGGGGCUGGGCUUUGCCUGCCUGUACCAGGCAGCUGCGGUGCUGACCGCCAGGAGCUGCGGGGCCAGGUUGGGCUUCGCCAGCGCCGUGGCUCGCUCCGGGAUGGGGCUGACCUUCCUCAUGGCUCCCUUCACCCAGCUCCUCCUCCACGCCUACGGCUGGCAAGGCACCCUCCUGAUCUUUGGGGGCAUCAUGCUGAACCUGGUCCCCUCCAGCAUGCUGCUGAGACCUGCCAGCACCCAGCCCCCUCCGCGCUGCUCCGCUGCCCGCCCGGCAGAGAGGGAUCCAGAAAGCCCUGAUGGAUGCUUAGGUGAAACCUCUCCCAGGGAAGCAGAGCUCCAGAGCCCUCAGGACCCUCCCUCCAGGCAAGGGCUGCUGCUGUGCCAGGGCAGAGAUGCCACUGGCCCAGUAGGAAGGCUGCAGACAGCCCCCACGGAGAGAGGCGCAGCAGAGAGAGCCACCAAGGCCCAGGGCAGCUCCAGCCCCCUGCCAGCAGCUGCCAAAGACAAUCCACAGCCUCUCCUCGACCUCUCCCCACUGAAGGAUCCUCUCUUUGGCAUCUUCACCUGGUCCUUCUUCUUCAGCCACUUGGCCUACUUCGUGCCCUCCUUCCACCUGGUGCCCCGAGCCCGGACGCUGGGCAUCGGCAGCAUGGACGCCUCCUACCUCAUGGCAGUGGCAGGCAUCACAGAGACCCUGAGCCAGCUGCUCUCAGGCUGGAUUGCUGACCAGAACUGGACCAAGAAGUAUCACUACCAUGUGGCUUACCUUGUCCUCAGUGGCAUCACCAACCUGCUCUGCCCUCUGGCCACCACCUUCCCCUUGCUCAUGACCUACGUCGUGGCCUGUGCCAUCUUCUGUGGUGGCUUCAUGGCUCUGGUCCUCCCUGUGCUGGUGGAUCUGGUGGGGGUGCAGAAGCUCCACAGCUACCUGGGCUUUGCUGCCUUCUUUGCUGGGUUUGCAGCCAUUGGAGGACCUCCCCUGGCAGGCUGGCUCUAUGACCGCACCCGGACCUACGCCUGCUCCUUCCUCCUCGCCGGAGCCUGUGCCCUCCUCUCCCCUCUCUCUUUCUUCUUGGAGCCUUCAGCCCGAAAAUGGAAGCAAAGAAAACAAACAACGAGAAUAAGGCAGCCUGAGUGA